AUGGCUCACCUCAACUACCCCAGCUACGAAGGCUUCGGCGAGACCGCCCGCGAUUCCACCCAUUACAGCCAGACCGUUAAAAUCGGCAACACUAUUGAGAUUUCCGGCCAGGGCGGCUGGGAUCGAAUCACCGAGAAAAUCCCCGACGAUAUUGGCGCACAGGUUGAUCAGGCCUUCUCCAAUGUCGAGUAUGCUGUGAAACAGGCCGGCGGCACAGGUUGGGAUCAGAUAUACAAGCUCCGCUGUUACACUGUCCCGCUCGAUGAAAAUAUUGCCGAACAUAUCAUUCGCAAUCUGCGCAAGUAUUUUCCCAAUCACCAGCCGCUGUUGACGGUUGUGGGGGUGCAGACCUUGGCGUUUGGAAUGGCUAUCGAGAUUGAGGCGGUUGCAAAUUUGGAUGGGAAUUAA